AUGUCUCUCUUCGGCGAGGACGAUGUGCCAGCGCGCGCGAAGCAAUCGACGUCACUCUUCGACGACGAGCCCAAGGCCACGGGCAGGGCGGGCAGUAGCCUGUUCGCAGACGAUGUGGACGCUGGGGGCGACUCGCCAUGGGCAUUGCCCACGCCCAAGAAAGCUGGCCGUGCUGCGCUGGUGAGGUCGCUGCUACCCACCUCGGACGUGCCCGACUCGUACAUUGAUGCCUACGACGCACUGCUAGACGCCGGCAAUGGCGUGGGCAACGGUGUCAGUGUAAGCAGUGUGAAGGCGCUGGUGGCCUCGAGCGGGGUGUCGAGUGGCGACCAGUCGAGGAUCCUGGAGAUUGUCUUCACAUCGCGACAGGAAAGCGCGAGUCUGGGAAGGAACGAGUUCAAUGUCGUGUUUGCACUGAUUGGGCUGGCGCAAGAGGGCGAAGACAUCACCCUGGACAGCGUCGACGAGAGGAAAAGAAAUCUCCCCGUGCCUACCGUAACGUUGCCCACGCCCUCGAAGCCAGAUACGCUGGCCCCUGAAGCGUCGCCCAUGACCCAAGACGCGGCUCCAUCCACGCCUCCUACGCCGCAGCCGCAGUCCACUGAGCAGCCUACACCUGCCCGGUCGCAUGCUGCUCCCAUGCGCAAACAGUCUUUCGGCGUCCCAGAGGCGGACCCCUGGGGCAGCCCCGAUCUACACCGAGACCAUAGUCAUGCGAGCUAUACCAGUCUACCAUCUCAGAGCAAUGGCGCGAGCGCAACUGCCCCUGCAAGAACCACCAGUCAGUUCACCACCCAGUCCUCUCCCAACUCGUCGAUGCAAGCGCCCGUCCAGCCCAGCUCGUUAGGCAGUGAAGGGGGCUGGGGAGGCUACAAUGGGGGAGGAGCUGCUCCCUUUGCAGCGCCUGACCUUGGGCAUGGUGGAUUUGGUGCACCAGCGGCAAACGAGGGUGGACCCAAUCCCAAUCCUGAGCUGCACAGAUCCAUAGGUCGGAUUAACCCCGCUAGUAGUAGCUCAGACGAAGUCAUCACCAUUACCGCACUGUCGGAGAAAGAGGGCAUGUUCAUGUUCCAGCAUCGCAACUACGAAGUCGCCAGCUCACGGCGGACGGCAAAGGUGGUGCGUCGGUAUAGUGACUUUGUCUGGCUAUUGGACUGCCUCCACAAGCGCUAUCCCUUUCGACAGCUACCGCUCCUCCCCCCGAAGCGCGUUGCCACCGCGGACGCGAGUUUUCUCGAGAAGAGGCGGAAAGGUCUACAAAGGUUCACAAACGCCCUUGUGCGCCAUCCAGUCUUGAAUCAGGAACAACUUGUUGUCAUGUUCCUCACAGUGCCCACUGAACUCGCCGUUUGGCGCAAACAAGCCAAUCUCUCCGUCCAAGAAGAAUUCACCGGCAAAACUCUUCCCCCGGACCUCGAGGACUCGCUUCCCAAGACCCUGCCCGAUCUCUUCGAUACCGUCCGAUCCGGGGUGCGCCGAAGCGCAGAGACAUAUAUCAUACUUUGUAAUAUGAUGGAGCGCCUUACACGACGCAACGAAGGCAUGGCAGCCGAAUACCUUCGCUUCUCCACAGCGCUCUGCAGCCUCGCCGAAGCAUCUCAGGAAACGUAUGCUGUGGACACGGGCGAUGUGGCCCUGCUCAACGAAGGCCUCCAUGCUACAGCCCGCCACCUCGACCAGUCCAAACAGCUGCUCGAAGAUGAGGCAAGGGGCUGGGAAGAAGGGGUGCUCGAGGAUCUGAAACGACAGCGCGACACUCUGGUCAGUGUACGCGACAUGUUUGACCGGCGGGACAAGUAUGCAAAAGACAAUAUCCCCUAUCUCGAGAAGCGGAUUGCGAACAACGAGGCAAAACUCCAGGCCAUUAGGAAUAAACCGGCCGAGCAGGUCAAGCCUGGCGAGAAGGAAAAAGUUGAAGAUGCAAUCUUCAAGGACAAGGAAUCCAUAGUCGCACAACAUGCGCGCAGCGUCUUCAUCAUCGAGUGCAUACGCGACGAACUCUUGUUCUUCCAAAAGAGUCAGUAUCACGUCACACGCUUGCAUCAGGAUUGGGCCCAGGAACGGGUCAAGUAUGCGGAGCUGCAGGCGGACAAUUGGCGUGCUUUGGGCGAGGAGGUGGAGAGUAUGCCGAGUGCUGAGUAG